AUCGGUCCUAACCAGUCUUAAUCGGUACACACAAAGAGGUCACUCUCUGGCCGCGGCUUCAACGAGCGAUUCGUAAUAAAUUUUCAGAUAUCGAAGAUUCAUCGGAAAUCGUUAAAAAAAUCAUAAAUAUAAAACAAUCAUGAAGUUUCUACUGGCAGUCGCACUUGUCGUCGUAGCCGCGGUUGUCUUCGCAGCGGACGAACCCAAGGAGGCAGAGGAACCAACCGUAUACCAACGACUCAUACCCGCGGAUGUACUUCGCGAUUUCCCGGGAAUGUGUUUCGCAUCUACGAAAUGCGCGACGUUCGAGCCAAACAAGACUUGGGACUUGGCGCCGUUCUGCGGUCGUUCAACGUGCGUGUUGGUUGAGGAUGGUCCCCCGCGUCUUUUCGAGCUCGUAGAGGACUGUGGUCCGUUGCCAAAGGCCAACCCGAAGUGCAAGCUCUCACCAAAGACGAAUCAAACGGCACCGUUCCCUGCUUGCUGUCCGAAAUUCGAGUGCGAAGAGGGCGCGAAGCUCGAGUACCCCGAAAUUGCGACACAACAACCAGCCACCGCAGAGGAGCUCGCCGCCGCUGAAAAAGCUAUCGCCGAAGCCGCAGCUGCAGUCAAAGCUUAGAGAAACAUCGAAACGACAAUAAUAAAAUAGCAGCAAAAACGCAUUAAAAACGAGGGUGUAAUAGAUCUGAAAGUUGGUCGAUUUUUAUGAUUUCACUCGAGAGUUGGAAAAAAAAAAACACGACAAGCAAAUUCAAAACUGUCAGAAUUUGUCUAAGCAAAAGAAACUCUCUAUAGAGCUGCAUACGAAGAAAAAAGUAUUUUCAUUCUUGCCCGUGUGAGACGAAGUAACGUUACCCUCAACAAAUUGUUUGCUCCUCAGUAAUUCGUACUUAUUAAUAUUUAGAUCCACCUCACGUCCGCUCCGUCACUGCUGUGUUCUCGUAUUUUUUCGUUUUUUAUUUCGUUGUUUUUAUCGUAAUGGAAAAUCCUCAAUCGAAUCUCUUGUUUUCUUAAUCGCAAUAUACAAAUCCGCGAGCAACGAUCGAUCUUACGAAAUGGUUAUAAAACAAAGUAAUGAUUCUCAUGCGAGAGCGACAUCUCUCUACUCUAUAUACAACUGCCCAAGGUAGAAAAGCCUUUUCCCAAAUGUACUGUAAACAAUGUGUGAUUGUAAUUAUAUAUACUAUAUUAUGUGGUUAAAUUAAUAAUAUUCUUAUUUAAUGCUA